GGAAUUGAUGAGAAAUGAUGUAAAAUAUAUCACUAGCCACUUUAAACAAUGCUACCUAAUAUAAUGUUUACAUACCCUACAUUAUUCAUCUCAUAUGUAUACGUAUAUACUGUACUCUAUAUCAUCUACUGCAUCUUUAUGUAAUACGUGUAUCACUAGCCACUUUAACUAUGCCACUUUGUUUACAUACUCAUCUCAUAUGUAUAUACUGUACUCGAUACCAUCUACUGUAUCUUGCCUAUGCCGCUCUGUUCCAUCACUCAUUCAUAUAUCUUUAUGUACAUAUUCUUUAUCCCCCCUACACUUGGGUGUAUAAGACAGUAGUUGGUUGUUGGUUAUUACUGCAUUGUCGGAACUAGAAGCACAAGCAUUUUGCUACACUCGCAUUAACAUCUGCUAACAGUGUGUAUGUGACAAAUCAAAUUGGAUUUGACACAGACACACAGUGACUGACGAUAUGACAGAAGCCUUUUAAUAGGGCCAAGUGAAGCAGCGUAUACAAGGUGACAUCAAUCACCGGUGGACUUCAACUAAAACUCUGCGGUAACACUGUUUGGAUAGUCCAUCUGUGGACGCUCGACCCGCUAUUAGUAACAUUUCAACUAACUACUAACCCUAGCUCUACCCCGAACCCUCACCCUUAUUCUAAACCUAACCGUAAUCUUCGCAAGCAGUUUCCUAUCAACAGAUAGUUUGUUGACAGUAUGACAAACUGCAGUGCAUCUACAGAUGGAAAAUCUGGACUGUCCAGAUAAAGUCUGACCAACGCCGCCUCGGGCCACCCCAUGGUCCUGUUCCCGUGGAUGGCAUCACCCGUGGACCAUCGCCAUGGUGAGGAGUGACACCUCUGUGACUGAGGGUGUUGGGCCUACUCUCCUCGCCUCUCUCUCUCCGCACGCCGCCCUGCUUGUGUCAUGCCCCUGCCGCCCUGACCACCCGGGGGAACAGAGCUCACAUCACUUCCUUGUGGAACAAAAAGAGCUCUAUGGUCUGCAGGGUGCAGAUGUCUGCUCCAGGCCUGUUCUGCAUCAGCCUUGUGUUCGGGCCGUCUGUGAGAACUGGGCCUGAACAAAAAGACCAGUGUGUUUGAGAUACAGAGGACCAGGAAGGGGCACUCUGGGGCUUUAUUUGGAGUGUCACUCAUUCACUACUAAUUGGAAUGGAGUCACUGAUGACUGGAAGUUCUCUCUUAGUCUGUGUUUAGGGCUGUUUCCAGUAAGGUAAUGUCUGUACGUUUGAGCCAUGCCAGAGCUGAUAAAAAGCUUUGGCAGUAGUAGUGGUGUCACAGUGUUACCCACAGAGUGUACAGGGUGUGACUAUAACACUGAAUUUAGCUCUGGGGAGGAGUGACAACUUAUUGCAGUUCAACCGUCUCUCCUCUCAAUGAACACUGAAGAGAACUGUAAAUGCAAACCAUGGUGGGCAGGUACGAGACUCAGACAUGGGAACAGUGACAACGGCAACCUCAUUGUCUAUGGCUACUUGCUUCCAGUUCCCCAGAGGAACAAGAGGCUCAAACGCCAGUCCACCAAGUACCGCACUGACAAAACCUACCCCACAAAGAUAGCAGAUAAGCAGGAGAACGUGAAGAAGAACCGAUACAAGGACAUUGUUCCCUUUGACCACAGCAGAGUGAAACUGUCCCUCACCACCUCCAAGAACGAUAAUGACUAUAUCAAUGCCAGCUUCAUCAAGGGAGUGUCAGGGGCCAGGGCCUACAUUGCCACCCAGGGACCUCUUCCCCACACCGUGCUGGACUUCUGGAGGAUGCUCUGGGAGUACGACACAGAGGUCAUAGUGAUGGUUUGCAGAGAGUUUGAGAUGGGCAGGAAAAAGUGUGAGCGCUACUGGCCAAAGAAACAAGAGGAACCUUUUGUGUGUGACCCGUUUACUAUUUACUGUGACUCAGAGGAGAGUAAAGGAGACUAUGUGAGCAGGAACCUAAGAGUGACCUACCGCAAUUGGAGUCGUACCCUGAGACAGCUGCACUAUAUCAACUGGCCGGACCACGGGGUCCCAGACACCAUCCCUCCCAUCCUGGAGCUCCUGCAGGAGAUGAGAGCUUACCAGGCCCAUGAGGAUGUACCCAUCUGUAUCCACUGCAGUGCUGGCUGUGGAAGAACUGGAGCACUGUGUGCCAUCGACUACACCUGGAACCUGGUGAAAACACAGCUGCUCACAGAAGAAUUCAACAUCUAUGACCUGGUCAAAGACAUGAGAACACAGAGGCCUUCUGUGGUUCAGACCAAGGAACAGUACGAGCUACUAUACAGAACCAUCAAGUUCCUGUUUGAGAAGUACCUGCAGUCCAUGGCACCAGUCCCCCCUUCCUGUUCAGAGGAGGUGCCAGCAGCCCCCUCACCCCCUACAGCCAGUGACAGUGAGCUCUCUGACCUCAGUGAGGAGUCUGAAGCUGGACAGGAACCAGAACCUGAUCCCCAGCCUAAAAUGGAACCACAGGCAGAACACAGGCACACAGAGAGCGAGGAGCCUGGUGGGAUAUCCAAUCACGGCAUACCAGUGGCCUUCUUUGCCCCAGAAGUGCAUGUUGACCCACUGUGUGACGCGGCUAAGUCCUCCCCCUCAGCCAUCCUCAAUGCUCUGAGAGCUAGGGACAGCCAGAGGGAACAGAAGAGACCAUACUCCCUACAAUCACAGACUGUGAACCAGAAACCACAACCCCGCAAGAAACAGCCCAAUAACAUGGCCGUCAAUCAGAGACCACCAUAUCCGCUACCGACCCAGCCUAAUUACCAGAGACCUUAUUUCCUACACACACAGCCUGCUAACCUGCCCACCAGCCAGGACCUGAGGCAAGAGCCCAGCCCCAGUAUCCCCAUCAUAACCCCUCAGGUACUCAGGCCUCAGGAGUUCUCUCAUAUAGCCAUGGAGCAAGAGAAGGUGGAGAUGGAUAGAGAGAUCACCCCACUGGAAAUACCAGUGCUUCCUGUGGACUUAUUCUCCAACUCCCUCUGUCUCACCAUGGAGGACCCCUACUUUGGGCCUGACUCACCCCUGGCUGCUCAGGAUCCCGAAGGGUCUGAUGAGGAGAAGGCUCCACUGAGCCAGUGGACAGAGAACCCCUGUUUCAACGGACCCAGCCUGACCCUUAACAGCCAGCGGAUGGAGCUGCCAGCCCUCACCACCACCAACGCUGCCCCGGGUGCAGUUUCUUCAGAUGAAGACAGUCCACCUCCAUUACCCGAGAGAACUGCUGAAUCAUAUGUACUGGCUGCUGGUGCAGAGCGUUCGGAUAACAUCUCUAAACCUAAGAUGUUAGAAAUCAUCCUCCCUUCUAAUGCUGAAGCGGAGGCCCUCAGGGGGGGGGAUGGUGAGUGGAGGAAUGGUGAGUGGAGGAAUGGUGAGUGGAGGCAUGGGAGUCCCCUGUCGCCUAUCCCCCCACUGCCAGAGAGAACGCCAGAGUCCUUUGUGUUGGCCAACGACGCCGGUCGGAGCACUCCUGUCUUCCCUCCCCUCUCAGUCCCUGUAGAGAAGAUGGUCCAGGACAGGCCAAAGGACAGCAGGAUUGGAACAUCCUCGGAAUGGUGUGGCCAUUUAGGGGACACACCAGCUCUGGUGGAGAAGAGAUCUUGGACGAGGAGCAGGAGCUUAAAAGUUAAAAUGACAACACUCUCAGUAUCACCCCAGGUUACAGUGUCACCCCCGGUUACAGUGCCUCCCCUAGUUGUAUCUUCGGUUCCUGCUCCCUGUACAUCUAUAAACCUUCCUCCUCCCCCUCCCCCCCCUCUGGUCCCUACUCUCUCACCUCCAGAGAGACUGACUCCGCCUCUACCUGAGAGAACCCCAGAAUCCUUCAUGGUGGUCCUUCAGGAUGUUGCAUUUGAUCAAAACAGCACCCCCUGCCUGCAGAGUCUGAGCAGCCAGACCACAACCACACAGCAGAGGAUCGGUACAUCCUCAGAGUGGUCGGGGAACUCCCAACCCAAAAGAUUCCUGGAUGGAAUCAUGAAUCGGAGCAAGAGUGUCCGGGCAAAGAGUUCACGGCAAGAGCACCUGGCGACUGUUCAUCUGGUUGCGCCAGCCGUUGUGGCCUUGGCGACAGCAGGAAGUGCUGAGAUGGAGCAGCAGCAGCUGGUGGUCAACAGCAUCUCAACCAGCUCUGGUACUGCUGACAACAAAUCAGACAAGGACAGUGGGAAGGGCAUGUCUAGAACAAAGUCUGUUUUUCUUUUUCAGAGCCUGAAGUUCUUCAAGUACAGACAGAAACCAAAGACAGCCCCCCCACCAGCAACAGCCCACUCUGGACCACCUCCUCCUUAUGGUGCCACUGCCUCAUCAUCAGUGUUCAAAUUUGGAUUUGGGAGUCGUUUUGUGAAGCCUAAAGGGCCAAGGACUCACCCCGAGACGUGGUUUUAAGGCGGUCAGUCAACAAAGCUGGACACGUCUGGCCACUGUCCUGAGAUCACAGGGCUGGAACCCUGCAUGUGGCUAAUCGAUACCGGCUACUCAACUGAACCAGUGAAUGCCUGGUCCCAGGCCUGCUGGUGCCGUUUUUCCAACUCCUGUGUCAUUAUCAAGUGAGACCAGUGACCAUUCCCAGACGAAUUAUCACAGUGUGAAGGAAGAGUAUUUCAUGAAGACAUGGAGGAUGACAUACUGUACUGUAGCAUUCUCCCUCUGCAUAGAUUCUGGAAGGACACAAGCACGGUUUCUCAAAUUGCUGUUACGGCUUGGUGAUCAAUCUCUGAUGAGGUUACUUUUACAGAACCACCUGCUAUUCAUGACACAUUGAUUGUACUGUGGUUGCCAAAAAGGCAAAUCACAUGUUGGCAAAAGGAUGGAUGAGUUGAUAAAUAUGUUUAAGAGAGGGCUACUUUGGACUAUUUUGCCUGGUCAGAUACUGUAAGGUACUUUAAAUUGUCGUCAACACUUGAUACAUGUUAUAUCCAGAUAGUUUUGAUUUUGUUUGUUUGUGUAAUCUACUUUUGAUCCAGACAAAAGCUAGAUCUACACCUGCACUGUUCACCACGAUGGGACAACUGUUUGUAGGAUAAAUAUAUUUGUACCGGUAAUAUUUUUUAUGGAAGUGUGAGAUAAGACCAAUACUGUAUGUACAUCACGUAUAAGUUGGUGGAUGCGUUUUCUUUACAGGCUAUAAUUUAAAAGCAAAUCCAAGACCAAUUGCUGUAAAUUUACCCAUUGAUGAGGAUCACUGAUUUCUUCUCUAUAAUGCUUACAAAAGUAAUGCCACUCAGUUGUUUCAUACAUAACAGGCAUACAGUUAUUUAUUUUUUUUAAACACAGGAAAAGUUGAUGCAUUCCAUUGUGUGUUUUCUCAAUUUACAUGACUGAUCACACUUUUAAUAACAUAAUUCUAUUAAAUGUAACUUAUUUUUACCCAAAAAAUUCUUGACUUUUUGUUAGACAACAUUAAAAAAAAUCUCAUGAAUUAAAAUACAAACAUCAACAACAGUAACAGUAUUCGUAUUAACACUACACAUAGCAUGCCUUGGUCAUCAGCCACACUCCACACCACAACAGAAUAUGACUAAGCUCAAAAGAAACCAUAGCUGGGUCGUUCUACUAGAUAUCUUAAGUAGAAAAUGUGCACCAAUACAGAAUUUGUUCAAUCCUGUUGUAUUCAAAUAAGUGCCCUUUAAUAUAGACAAUAUGGCGAAUUCAAUAAAUCAGUUUUUUAAAUUUUAAA